UUAAACAUUCGAUCAUUAGGAAUAACUUUAAAAAAAAAUGAUUGAUCUUCUUAGAACAUAGUUUCUCCUGAAUUAUCUAAUUGCGCUAGAAUGAAAUAGAAUUGUAUCAUUUUUAUCCUCUAGUUAUUUAAUCCCCGUUCUGUUCAAUGUAUAACUCUAGUGUGAUUUUAUAUUAUUUUUACAAUAGAGCAAUAUGACAUAGUUCAGAUUUAUAUCGUAAUCGAACCAGCUAAAUUUCAAAACAUGAGCGGAGAGUGUGUUUUGUAGUGCCCGGCUUUUAUGAAUACGGUGUUAUAUAGCUUUUUUAGAUCUAAAAUUCGAAUAUCUGCAAAAGUGCUGUAUGUAAAGAUGAGCAAAUUUACUAUGACUGUCAAUCCAAUCAUUGGAAAAAAAGAAUGGGUUGAAAAACCUGAAUAUUAUGAUUAUUACCAAGAAGUUGCCCGGUCGUCAUAUGCUGACAUGCUGCAUGAUAAGGAAAGGAACGAAAAGUAUCAUGCAGCUCUUGAGAAAGCUAUUCAAUCAAUGAGAGAUAAAGGACGACCUGUUAAAGUUUUAGAUAUAGGAACUGGAACAGGUUUAUUGUCAAUGAUGGCAGCUCGUGCUGGUGCAGAUAGUGUUGUUGCUUGUGAGGUGUUUCAUCCAGUUGCAAAAUGUGCAGAAGAUGUAAUAAAACAAAAUGGUUUUGAAGAUAAAAUCAGAAUAAUUUUAAAACAUUCAACAGACUUAACAGUUGGACCAGAUGGUGAUUUAAAAGAAAAAGCAAAUAUUUUAGUUGCUGAAGUUUUUGAUACUGAAUUAAUUGGUGAGGGAGCUCUACGGACAUUUCAGCAUGCAGUGAAAUACUUAUUAGAACCUGAUUGUAUUGUGAUACCAUCAUCUGCAUCUGUAUAUGCACAAAUUAUAGAAUCAUCUUUGAUAUCAAGUUGGAAUACUCUAUCUCCAGUGAAUAUUGCACCUGGAAAAGUUAUUGUUCCACCUAAAAAGGUUACUUCCUGUCAUGGAUCAGCAGCUGUUCAUGAUGUACAGAUGUCGCAGAUUCCACAGAAUAAAUUCAAAGUUUUAACUGAGCCAAUUUGUGUAUUUGAAUUUUCAUUUACAGGAGAAAAAUCUAUAGAAAUGAAUGAAACAUUUAUCAAGCAAGUUACAUCUGUCACUAGUGGCAAUUGUGAAGUUGUUUUUAUGUGGUGGGAUUUGAAGAUGGAUAUGGAUGGUGAUAUUAUUUUAAACAAUGGACCCAAAUGGGUCCAGCCUAAUCCAGAUCAGGCCCAAUGGCGUGAUCAUUGGAUGCAAGCUAUUUAUUAUUUGCCUGAAGUUGUGAGUGUAUCUGCUGGAGAUAAAAUCACUCUUACUGCUUACCAUGAUGAAUACAGCCUAUGGUUUGCAAUCCCUAAAGCUAGUAAUAAAAUGGUAACUGAGAGUCCAACAUGCAAUUGUUUAGUACAUGUAGCAGAUUCUCAUGCUAGAAUUGGUAUGAAGAAUGAUACAGAUAGAAACAACAAAUUUAUUGCAAUGUUGAAAGAGGUGAUAACUCCUUCUUCUGUGUGCCUUUGUAUAAGUGAUGGUUCUCUUUUGCCUCUAAUGGCAGCUAAAUUAGGAGCAGAAAAGGUUUUUACUGUGGAAUCAAAUCACUUUCAUCACAAUAUGAUUAAAUCAUAUGUAGAAGAAAAUGAUGAAAAUAAUGUUAUAAAAAUUGUUACAAAAGAACCUGCUGAUCUUACAGAAGAAGAUUUAGAAAUGAGAAAGGUUAAUGUUCUUUUGACUGAACCAUAUUUUGUGGAUUCUGUUCGGCCAUGGGAGCUGUUUCGUUUUUGGCAUUUAAGAACACUCUUGGAACCUUUUCUGUCUUCAGAUGUGUCAGUCAUACCACAAUAUGGAAAACUGAAAGCAGUAGCUGUAGAUUUUGAAGAUCUUUGGAAAAUUAGAGCCCCAGUUAAAAAUGCUGAAGGUUUUAAUUUAUCCAGAUUUGAUGAAAUGAUACAAAGAGCUAUAUCCAUAGCUGAUGCUGCAAUAGAACCUCAUCCACUGUGGGAAUAUCCAUGUAAAGCUAUUUCAGAAGCUUUUAAUUUGUUAGAAUUUGAUUUUUCAAAAACUACUUUUAAGGAUUCAUUUGAAGUAGAGGGUGAAAUACCAAUUUCCAGCUCAGGAACAUGUAAUGCAGUGGCUUUGUGGACUGAUUAUAGUUUCCAGAACACAGAAAUUUCUACUGGACCAAUACAACCUAUAAUGACUAAUCAACCAAUUAAAUGGUCUAUGAACAGUCAACAAGGUGUCUACUUUAUCCAUCCACCAAAGGAAGUCAUUCCAGAUAAACACAGACUUAAAUACAAAAUUAAAUUCAGUGUCUCUGAUACUACUUUUAUAUUUAGCAUAGAAGAAAGAUAAUUACUUUUAUAUUUAUUUUUAAUAAAUGUUUUUAUAAAUUA